AAUGGCUUCCAUCGUUGACAAGAAAAUCAUGACAACCUUUGAAAAUGCUGCAGAAUUUGUUCGCCAAGUUGCUGGUCAAUUAACACCUGAAAAUUUACUUUUCCUUUAUGCUAGGUUUAAACAGGCAAGAGAAGGAAAGUGCAACGUUCCAAAGCCCUAUUUCUUUAAUUUUGAAGGAAAACAGAAAUGGGAAGCAUGGACAAGUUUAGGAAAUAUGACAAAAGAAGAUGCUAUGAAUGACUAUGUAGAUUAUCUCUCAGAGCUGUUUCCUAACUGGGAGGAGGAGCUGGAUGAUAAUAAUGAAGUAAAAGAUGGUAAUGCUGGUUUAGGUAUAUCUGUCAGUAGAAUGGUGUCAGAAGAUGAUGUUAUUCCAGAUUGUGAUAAAACUGUUUUUGAUUGGUGUAAAGAAGGCAAUGUUAAAAAUGUAGAAAGAUGUCUGACUGAGAAAAAAAAUUAUGAUAUAAAUAAAUUAGACGAAGAGGGUAUGACGUUAUUACACUGGGCUAGUGAUAGAGGUUUAGCUGAUAUGGUUUCAUUAUUAUUAUCACAUAAAGCUGAUCAAAAUAAAAAGGAUUCAGAUGGACAAACUCCGUUACAUUUUGCUGUAGAGUGCCAACAUUUUAAUGUUGUAAAAGUGUUACUGGACAAUCAGGCUAAUCCUAUGAUAAAAGAUUCUGAUGGUAUUUCUCCACUUGAUAUAGACACAACAUCCAGUAUUAAAAAACUACUAGAUACAUACAGUAUCACUAUUUACAAAGAUAUAUUUCUGUAAAAACAUUUUUAAUUGUUAAUGGUUUCACUUUUUCCUAUAUAACCUUUAUUAGUCAACUCACGAAGUAUUGUGUUAAAAUCAUACAUAUAUAAUUUGAUUAUAUGGCCUUUUUUUUAUUUUUAAAGAAAACAGCCAUUCUUAUUACCUAAUUUGGUAAAAUCAUUUUCGCAUUUUGGAAGCAAGCUCUGGACUUACAGGUGUUCUAAACCAAAACAUGUAGUCAUUUCGUUAAGAAAUAAGGGAGAGUCACUCUAGUCUUAAUUUUAUUUAAACAAUAAUAGCAAUAUCUCAACCAUAAAGUCAUUUUAGGUCUCAAUUAAAUGUCCAAAAGAUUGAAGCCAAAUAAAAAUUUUAAAACUUUCCACCAAUGAUAGAUUUAACCAUUCAAGCAAGAUGAAUCUGUGUCCAUAUUUUAUUGGUAGGCUACUUAAUUUUUAGUUUUACAACUUUGAAGUUUUCUUCUUCGCAUUCACAUUUGUAUUUAGUCAGUUAUAAUGUGUUUAUUAAUUUAUGUACUAAAACCCUCAAGUUUGCACCCCUUAAUAUUUGCUGAAAUGAUAUGUUAAAGUUAUUUUUGAAAAAUGCGCUAACUGUAAUAUUUAUAUUGCUAUUGCUGUUUGUUUAAAGAUGUUUUAUUUUGAUGGUAAAAUCUCUUAUUUUGUAGCUAUCAUUUGUGAAGCUACUUGUAUAUUCUCAGAAUAGUAAUGAGGAAGGCACCAAGGGUCAUAUGGGCCCUUACUCUAGUCAUACUUUCCAAAUUUGAAGUUUUCAAUUUUAGUUCAUGGUAUUUAUUGUCAUUUGACUUUCAAUAUUUCCAUAAGAAAGCACAUUAGCUAAAGUAAGAGCACUAUAUAAAACUCUUAGUUUUGCAUUUAACUGACUAUUUUCUUUAAAUAGCAGUCUUCAAAAUUGUAAACACGACUUAUUUAUUGGUCAAUUUAAAUCAAGCUUAGUGUUGUUAUCUUUCCAUGAAACGUUGGGCUUCUGAUAUCUAAUAUUUAAGACAAACUGAACAUUUUAAAAUUGGCACACGAAUCGCAUUCCAGAAUUUUUUUGAGUGCCAUUUGUAUGAAGCGAAUCUAUGAACGAGGCUAAACAUAUCCAAUGUAGAAGAAUACUACCUGUGUAGACUGGAAUAACCAGAUUCCAAAGACUGCCAUUCAAUUUGGACUCCGCAUUUUUCGCCAAACAUAACUGAUUAGAAAUUACAGUAAAAACAGAAACGAUUGAAUGUAAAAUCAGUUUAUGUACAUUCAUAAUACAUUAAUGUAUGUGUUGAAACCCAUUUGUGUCCAUUUCUAUGUGCCAAAGAAUAGCAAUUUAGCUCCUUUAAGGAAUAUUAGUUAUCAUAAAGAGACAUUUGAAGGAAUCGCUUUAUGAUUGGAUGUUCCAGCUCCAUUGCUUAUGUUGGAUAGAAAAUUAGCAAUUUUUCCCCCAUUUUCAGCCAUCAAACAUUGGCUAAUAUUUAAUGCUUUGUAAUAUUUUUAAGUUAUUUUUCUUUGAUACCAUUUCCAUGUACGUUUUCAUAAACAUAUGUUAAAAAAUUA